UAGAGUUUGAAACAAGAUCUUCUUGUUCUGCUGCUGAGUUUAAUUCUGUGGCUUUUGUCUGCCUUCAAUGGCUUCUUCUGUUGCCAACCAGCUCUUUCUCUUCUUCUUUCUAUGGCUUUAUACUCUCUCUUCAUCUCAAGCUGGGCACCAUUACUCUGAAUUUAGGUAUCCGUUCAUCAGGAAAGCAAGCUCAUUCCCAUCAUCAUCAUCAUCCUUCUCAUCAAGUGGCGGGGGAGACCAUGCAUAUGACUAUAUAGUUGUUGGAGGUGGCACAGCUGGGUGUCCUUUAGCUGCCACACUCUCUCAGAGGUUUACUGUCUUAUUACUUGAAAGAGGUGGAGUGCCUUUUGCCAAUGCAAAUGUCUCCUUCUCAAAGAACUUCCACAUAACCCUCGCUGAUACUUCAUCAACUUCUGCUUCCCAAUACUUUAUUUCUACUGAUGGAGUCCUCAAUGCUAGGGCUAGAGUUUUGGGUGGUGGUACUUGCAUAAAUGCUGGGUUCUACACCAGGGCGAGCACAAGGUUUAUACACAAAGUAGGCUGGGAUGCAAAGUUGGUGAAUAAGUCAUACCCAUGGGUUGAGAAGCAAAUCGUUCACAGGCCUAAAGUUGCACCAUGGCAGGUUGUUGUAAGGGACAGUCUUUUGGAUCUUGGAGUGGCGCCUUUCAAUGGAUUCACAUAUGAUCACAUUUAUGGAACCAAGUUUGGUGGUACCAUUUUUGACCAAUUCGGCCGCCGGCAAACGGCUGCUGAACUACUUGCUUCUGCAGACCCUCGGAAGCUUACUGUGUUGGUGCAUGCCACCGUCCAAAAGGUUCUAUUUGAUAUUUCAGGAAAGCGACCAAAAGCAGUAGGAGUCCUGUUCAAAGAUGAAAAUGGAAACCAGCAUCAAGCAUUUCUAUCAAACAGCCAGAGGAGUGAAAUAAUAUUGUCAUGUGGAGCCAUUGGCACCCCUCAGAUGCUAUUACUCAGUGGUAUUGGGCCAAAAGAUGAACUCGAGGAGAAGAAAAUUUCAGUAGUACUCCACAACAAGUUUGUCGGGAAAGGCAUGGCUGAUAAUCCCAUGAACACAAUUUUUGUUCCCUUUAAAAGACCAGUACAGCAGUCCCUGAUACAAACUGUAGGGAUUACCAAGAUGGGCGUGUACAUUGAAGCUAGCAGUGGAUUUGGGCAAUCCAAGGAUAGCAUUCAGUGUCACCAUGGAAUAAUGUCUGCAGAGAUAGGGCAGUUAUCAACCUUACCUCCAAAGCAAAGAACACCAGAGGCCAUCCAAGCUUACAUUAAAAGAAAGAAGGACAUACCACAUGAGGCAUUCAAAGGAGGCUUCAUUCUUGAAAAGAUAGCCAACCCCAUUUCCACCGGCCAGCUCAGAUUGAUCAGCACAAAUGUUGAAGACAACCCUUCUGUUACCUUCAACUAUUUUAAACAUCCACGUGAUCUACAGCGCUGUGUUGAUGGUAUUCGCAUGGCUACAAAGAUGGUGCAAUCAGAACACUUCAGAAAUUUCACUCAAUGUGACAAGCAGACCACAGACAAGAUUCUUAACAUGAGUGUCAGUGCUAAUGUUAACCUAGUACCUAAGCAUACCAAUGACACCAAGUCCCUAGAGCAGUUCUGCAAAGACACCGUAAUCACAAUUUGGCAUUAUCAUGGUGGGUGUCAUGUUGGCAAGGUGGUGAACCGUGAUUACAAAGUUCUUGGUGUGAACAGGCUUCGCAUUGUGGAUGGCUCGGUAUUUGAUGAAUCUCCUGGGACUAAUCCUCAAGCCACAGUCAUGAUGAUGGGCAGGUACAUGGGACUGAAAAUUUUGAGAGACAGAUUACGAAAAGGAGCUGGUGUUUAAGGGCUGAUCAACCAGGAGCAUGAGAGGAGCGAUAUUAGUAAGAAUAGUGCAAAAUGUAAUGUAGCUCUAUAUAUUUAUUCUUAGAAAGCAAGCAAUUUGUUGCCCGUAGAAUUGCUUCCAACUAUAUAUUUCCAUUAUAUUUGUGUCCUUAAUAUGUUGUUAAUCAAAACCCUGCUUCAGCUUAUCAAAUUAAUCGUUAGGUUCUGUUGA